CUUCUAAGAACAUGGCGGCGCCCAGCGGCAAGACCGAGCUGGCCGGGAGUUCGUAGCCGCUCGCGUGAUUUCCCAACAAGCAUGAGCUGGAUCCGAGCUAUCCUGAAGGCCCGGGGUGUAUCCCGGUACUGGGGAAGCGUCUGUGGGGGCUCUCUCCCAGGAGCCCCUUUUUCUCAGGUGCCCUCCCAGAUGCAGCGGAGUCUCCACGGCAGCUCCACCGCCCACACUUCCGACUCCUCUCUCGUCCCGCGCCCUCCAGAGCCCCCCAAGGGUCCUCCUCAGGCUCCCUCACCCUAUGAGGAGCUGUUUGGGCCGCCGGGGUCUGGGAACCCCGGGGACAAGGCCGACUUCACGCGCGCCGUGCGGGCCUUCAGCGAGCGCAGUGUGCACCGGCGCGGCCAUGUGGACUUCAUCUACCUGGCACUGCGACAGAUGCCGCGCUACGGCGUGGAGCGCGACCUGGCCGUGUACAACCUGCUGCUCGACGUGUUCCCCAAGGAGGUCUUCCGGCCCCGCAACAUCAUCCAGCGCAUGUUUCUGCACUUCCCGCGGCAGCAGGAGUGCGGCCUGGCCGUGCUGGAGCAGAUGGAGAACUACGGGUUGAUGCCCAACAAGGAGACGGAGUUUCUGCUCAUGCAGAUCUUUGGCCGCCGGAGCUACCCGAUGCUCAAACUGGUGCGCAUGAAGCUGUGGUUCUGCCGCUUCAAGCACGUCAACCCCUUCCCGGUGCCUGCAGAGCUGCCCCGCGACCCUGUGGACCUGGCCCAUCUGGGCCUGCGGCACAUAGAACCCGACCUCAGCGCCAGGGUCACUGUCUACCAGAUGCCCUUGUCCCAGGACUCCGCAGAAACUGAGGACCCCACAAAGCUUCAGAGACCACACAUAGUUGGAAUCCAGAGCCCUGAUCAGCAGGCCGCCCUGGCCCGCCAUGACCCGGCCCGGCCCGUCUUCGUGGAGGGUCCAUUUUCCCUGUGGCUCCGGGACAAAUGCGUCUAUUACCACAUCCUCAGAGCUGACCCACUGCCCCCUGAGGAGAGGGAAGUAGAGGCGAUUCCCGAGGAGUGGAACUUGUACUACCCCAUGCAGCUGGACCUGGACUACGGUCGCAGCGACUGGGACGAUUACUGCUUCGACAUCGACGAAGUGGAAGAGGGCCCCGUGUUCGCCAUCUGCAUGGCAGGCGCCCACGACCAGUCCACCCUGGCCAGUUGGAUCCAGGGCCUGCAGGAGACCAACCCGGCGCUGGCUCAGAUCCCCGUGGUCUUCCGCCUGAGCGGCGCUGCCGGAGAACUCCAGGGGUCCUCAGAGGUGGGGGAAGAGCCCCCAUCCCCACCGCCGAGCCAAGAGGAAGAUGACCAGGACAGAGGACAGCGACAGCAACUGGGUCAGAGCUGAGACCUAGCGGUUAACAGCGGCCUGUCUGGCUGUGGACUGGUUUGGGGGAAUCGGGCAGAGCUGAGUGUCCUGUAAAUAAAAAGAUCCUGCCCUCUGGGGCUGGAGA